CUAUCAUUUCAUUAUCAAGGUACCUAGUAGCCCAAGCUUGCCUCUGGUGCAGCAGAAAACAAUUUUCAGCCCAAUGGGAUCUAUCUGAAUCAAUGACGUCCAUUCCACUUCUCAAACGCAGUGUGAUUUGCAGAUCGUUUCAUCAAUCUACCAUUCUGCCAGCUCUGACUACUUCAGCCUCGUAUCGCAUCAACGCUCUAGAUCUAGAUCGAAGAGAUCAACUAAAGCAUACAGCCUUCCCUAAUCCAUCAAGACCGCAAACUCGAUACACCCCUUGUAUCGUUCAUAAUCUACGGGGUUUCACUACGACCAGGACACUAAACAUGGCGUCGGAUGAUGAUUACAUGGCCUUUUUGAACAAGGCGAACGAGGACCCAAGCAAAGGAUAUACAAAGGCGCAGACUUCUAGCAAGCAAGAUUUCAAAGCGACCGAUGACGGUGCGCAAAUCCCGGCUGCUAUCCAGGAGGCAACGAAGGAUAGUUUCUAUGUGAGCGACGCAGAUGAGCCGUUUGUUCCGGUUUACUUGGCCUGGGAUGAGGGCGGCAAAGGUUUACCAGACGAGGAGGAGUUUGCGACUCUGAUACAUCACCCCGAGCCAGCGAAUGCGCAGAUUGAGAUACUGGAUCCGGCGGACUGGGAUAGCCAGGGACAAUACAAGGCGAUUCUAGAUGCGGCGCAGAAGGCGGGUAAGGGCAACGAUAUCAGAGUAUACCGGGUCUCGAAGGGGGGCGUUAAGGUCGAAUACUGGGUCGUCACCACGGAGGGCAAAGGAGCAAGCGCCAAGCUCGUCGGUGCUAAGGCACUAGCAGUUGAGAGUUGAAUAUUUGAGGAAAAAGUAAAAGAAGCAAGAGAAAACCGCGUAUAAGGGAGAUCAUACUCAGACAUAAUAGCCAAUGGCUUACGAAAGGAAGAUAGACCUCGUUUAACAAAUUGGCAUUAUAUUUGAAUAAUACCCCGCGAUGACUGACAUUUAUGAUUCAAUUAUGGCACGAUGUGGGG